CAGGAAUAGUGAAUCACUUGCCCAAAGAGGAACACCCAAGAAAGGCGAACAGGUGGAAGUGUGGCAUCGAGCCCGGCGAGAGGGUCACACCCGUGCGAACAAAGCAUUCGUGCCAUGGCGUGGUUCGGUGAGAAUGGUCGAGGCACACGUGGAGCUGAGCAUGCCACGAUGGAUGCCUUGGAUUCAUUGCAACAGGAGAUGGAAUCUGCCUUCGCUCGCCUCAACGCCAAGCUCUCGCACCUGCGCUUGACGCUGCCGGAUGGCCUCCCAAGCAGCCCGAUAGACUCGGCACCCCCAUUGGGCCCGAGCAAAGACGAGAAGGAGCAGGGUUCGAAGCAGGCAGAGCUGGAAGAAGAGCCUCCCGCUUUGAGGCCCUACCUUCGCAGCGCUGAUGCCCAUGAUGAAACCCGCUAUGCCUCGGCGGCCGUACGCCGGAGUACCCGCCAUGAGAGCGACACGGUGUAUCGCUUAAGGGGUCGAUGGAUGCAGCUUUCGACGCAUUGCGCCUUCUUCACCCGCGCGAUCGGCUUUGGAGACAUCAGGAAGUCCCUUCUGAAUCGGACGAUGUCGAAGACGAAGUCUGAGGGGGAGAUUGCCAGAAGGCUUGAAUCUCUUCCCUUCCUCUCCAGGCCUUUGAACCCAGAGAGCACCUUCCGCAUUUGUUGGGAUCUGGCAAGCUUGGUCUUGCUGCUGGUUGAUGCGAUUGUGCUGCCCCUCUCGAUUGCCUGGUAUUGGGACAUGGGCUUCGGCCGAGUGAGCAGCUACAUUUUGUCCAUCUCCGUGGGAGUUAGUGUCCUGGAGGACAUCAUUCUCAACCUCAAUACAGCGGUAUAUAUCAAGGGGCAGCUCGUGCAUGAUCGCUCGGCGAUUCUGAAGCGAUAUUUGUCCACAUGGUUUGUGUUGGACAUCAGCCUUGUCUCUUUGGAUUACCUGAACAUGGCGCAGGACUUGAACCUCAGCUGGCUGCGCUUCGGCCGCAUCUUCCGGGCCUUCCGCAUGCUGCGGCUCUUGAAGAUGACGAAGCUGGAUGAGAUCAUUCAAGAGCUGGCAGCCUCCACGGGGCGCCAGUGGAUCAUGCUGGUCAUUGCAAUUCUGACCUCGGCCAUUGCUGCCACGCUGGUCACGCAUUUUAUCACUUGCAUUUGGUUUUGGAUCGGCUACACCAUUCAGCAGCAAGAGGAGGCUCUUCAGCAGGGGCGGGAGAGCUGGAUCUUGAAGGCAGGCGCAUGGGAUCAACCUGGGGGCACGCAGUACAUUCACUCCUUGCGCUACGUCAUGAACUCUCCAGCACCGCCGACGAUUGCUCCGGAGAGCUGGGAAGAACGCUUGGUGGAUAUCAUGAACAACCUGUUUGUUCUGGUGGUGAUCGGAAAUGUGAUCUCGAAAAUCUCGGGCACCAUGGCAGAGCUCCGGGCCAUGAACGAAGCCCGCUCGCGGCAACGCCGAGAGAUCCGCGUGUAUUUGAGCAACCAGGAUGCGUCCUUCGAGCUGGUGAGCCGCAUCAUGAAGUUUGUAGAGUACAAGCUGGAGAAGAUGACACCUGUGACCUUCGACAGCAGCUUGAUCUCGAAGACACUGCAGACCGAGCUCUACAUGAGUCAAAGGGGGGAGUUCUUGGAGGUUUUGCCCAUUUUCCAUCUCACGAAGGAGGUGUUUCCCGACAGCUUUGCCGCCAUUUGUGCUUGCCUGAAGAAGCACGUCUUUGAGAGCAAGGAGAGGGUGUUCAGCGCAGGUGCUGUCGCAACAUCACUCUUCAUCACGGUGGCCGGCAAGUUCGUUUAUAUGGAGGUGGAAGACGCAGGAAAAGAGCAACUGGUGCAAGGCGGGGAGUGGUUUGAAGAGCUCGCGCUGUACGCGGAGGGACUAGUACAUCACUCCACGCUGAGCUCAAAGGCCUUUUCGGAGGUGCUGUCCUUGCACAAUGAGGACUUUAUUGACAACUUGCAGAACUCCCCGGACUGCGCAUCCAUGUUCUGCGAGUAUGCCAAGGAGUUCAUCGACGGGAUGCGCAAGAAUGCCAUGGGUGGACACCAGCAUCAGCUCUACUUGUCACAGUACUGCUGCGGGAAGACGAAGAUUUACCAGGAGAUGUUUCCGGAUUCCAAGACCCGUUUGAUGAACAUCCGGCUUUUCCCCACUGAGCUGGAGGAGCUUCCUGACACAUUUGAGUUGGAGCCACUAGAUGUGGGAGAUGAGUCUGGAGCUUUGCCACGCAUGCCAGGAAGCGGAUUGCUCCACUACCUCCAAAGCUUAUCUGGUGAGAGCCUGGAACUGGACUUGCUCGAAACAGCUUUGUGGACUCAUUUGCCGGAACUCAACCGUCACUAUGGCGCCUAUAUCGUUUUUGACCAGGUGGCGGAGCGUGACCGGGCGGAUUCCGCCUGUCUCUCCUUGGUGGCUCUGGUUUGGAACCGCUACGACCUCUUCGUGAAGCCACAGGUCGAUGAGACGACUCGGCUGACCCCGGCGCAGUGGGAUCAACUGCAGGAUAUUCUUUCUUGGACCAAGCCAAGCCACGAACAGAUCCAUGCAGCUUUGGUACUGCUGGCCAUUCGAGGCUUGGGCAAGUCGGUGCACGUGCAGAGCCAGAGCGAGUGUGAGGGGCAUCCUGAACAAGCAGUGCGAUACCUCGUGGACAACGCCCGCAACGUGGUACCAUCCAUCAUACCUUUGAGUGACACUGCUUUGCACUGCUUGUGCUCAGUCCUCGAGAUACAUGAGAUUUUCAAUCUCGCGCAGAUGCUGCAGGGAGAGAAUGUUCCGGCAAGUGUUGCUCAAGUUCAAGAAAAGAUUGCAGAAUGUGGACCCGAAGUCUUCAAUUGCUACAUCCUCUUCCUUCUUGGCUUUAUGAGUGGUAUUGCCGGAGGUCGUGGCUCGAAGUUCCUCACUGCCAGGACAGCUCCCAGCUUCAUUGCCAGCCUCCAGGUCUUCAGUCAACUUACCAAAUUGACUCCACGGAGCGUCUACUGGGGCUACCUGCGUGCGCGGGCGGGCAGCUUCCAAUCAAGCUUCACCACAGCAGAGGACUUGGCUUUGGUGAGACUCGCGUGCCUGAGCCGCGUGCAGGGUGCGCAAAGCUUCCUUCACCUGCAAACUGCUUGGUCGGGCUUGAGCAACAAGCAGAGGGGUGCCUUGGUGAGUCAUCUUCUAGCUGAUGGCAUCACCCGACAGGCGAUGAUCUUCAUUUUCCUCCCAGAUUGCAUCCAGAAGUCCAUGGCAAAUCCCACCGUUGGCCUGACAGUCCUUUUGGAGGUACUAGUGGAUUUGCUGGCUCAUUUGCAGGUGAUCCUGAAAGAGGUGCCGAACAUGCAGAUUUGGAUUGAUCUCUCAGAUCUGGCGGAAUUUGCGGCUGCAGUGCAGAACAACUUCGUCUUCCAGACUUGCAUCAGUCGUUGCAAGGUGGACGUACCGCAACCGAUCGGAAAGAGGGCACAGAUCCAGCUUCAGAUGACCUCCGCCAAUUGGCUUCGCAUUCAAGAGGUUGAGACGGAUUUGAUGAGUGUGUCACAUCGAGUGUCGGAGCUACUGAAGAGGCAACAGUGGCUGGAAGCAUAUCUUACCAAUGCAGAAGCCUGGGGUGUCUAAAGAGAACCAGGCAAGACUGAUGAGAAGGGAUGCGAAACUUUUAACCAGCGCAAUGAGGUGAGACGGCGAGACCCGCCGUUGUUCGUUGAUCUCAGUGCGCAAUCGGCGUCACUGAGAUCCAUUUGGCACAAGACAUGGAGGUGAAGAAAAAGUGAGACAGCCCC